UUCACCAGCGAUGUUAACGUCCACGCAGCCGUGAAGAGGAGGUGGUGGGGGCAGGCUCCGUGUCGUGUGUGUGUGCGUACCAGUCGAGAAGGGGUGCUGCCCGUGUACUUGUGUUGCAUCAGAUGGUCCCGUUGCCAGUGUCAGGAUACGCAGAGUGUGCGUGCGCAUGCUACAGAGACGCGUAGUAGGGAUGGCGACUGCAGUGCUGCUAAUAAUCGUAACUUUGAUCGGCGCUACUACUCACACCCCUUCACCUGGGACCUGUCCACCUGGGAAGUGUACUCGGGGUGAGGAUCUCGGUGGUGCUGGGAGUGUGGGUCUCAGAAGGGCUGGGAGUGAGAGUCUUGGAGGAUUUGGAGGUGAGAGUCCGGGAGAAGGUGGAAGCGAGGACCUGGGAGUGCUGUCUCGAGAGGAGGCUCUUCACGCCACGGUGCGGGCGCUGGAACGAGCUGCUCGUUUCCUGGAGGCGUCGCGGGAGCUCCUGAACUUUGACGGCGUCAUCGGAUUCCGCAUGAUGCACGCUCAGUUGGCGGACGGUCUGCAGCUGGAGGCGGCGCUGUGUGGAGAGCGUGGUGGAGCGCUGCGCGUGACCCCCAUGGUGGAACGCGUGCGGGAGCUCGCACUGCGCGUGCACGACCUCAGUUCAGACGCCCUGCAACACGCCUGCCUCUCUCUGCCCCAUUACUGCUGGAGGAUGGCCCCGUUGGCUAUCUCAACUUUUUGGUCAAACACAGAGCCAAGUUCCCGCUGCUCGCAAAUGCCCCUUCCAAACAGCCGGCGGCAUUCAACUCGCAUGGAGGCGGAGGAGAUCGCAGAGAAUCCACUUGAGAGCUCCAUGGAGUUUCUCUUCCCUCUGCCGAGCUCGGCGUGCAUCCAUGACGAAAACUCAAGCGACAGCUGCCUCAGCAGCCUGCUGGGCACCGGGCCCCGCAUGGCAGUGUGCUCCGUGCCGACGCCAUGUGCCCGCUGGGCGCGUGCAGGUGGAUGCACAGGCUACGCGCUCUCCCAUCAGUUGCUCUACCUGUUCGUGGCAACACAGAUCGGCUGCCCCUGGUCUCGGGGCCCGGACAUACGGGCGCAGCAGGGAGCGCUGUGCGCGCAGAUGAUGCGGCACAACGGGGCCCUGGCCGCACUGGGACUCCCACAGCCACAGGAGGACCUCUUCGUGGAGAACAUGCUGUUGUGCUCCAUGGCGGGGAGGCGCAUGGGGCUGCAGGCUGCGUGGCUCGGAAGAGUCGUGCACAUGCAGCACCCACACAGCGGCUGCUUCAAGACUCCCGCAACACGAGGCAGUUCCCACAGGGAGCCUGUGGGACUCGAGCGGCUUCACAAGAGGAGAGAGAAGCGGAUCGAUGGUGGCUGCUCAAGCCACAAGACUGCGGUCGCCGUGGGCCUCCUGGGUUGCUUUGUGCGAGAGUUGCUGCCCCUCGUUUCCUGCGCCGCGGAGCCAAUUCCGCCACGGAGCGGGCGUCGAGGUUGGAUGGAUUCCCUCCUCGCCUUCCCCAGCGAUUCGGCUUUCCAGUCGCCAGGCAGGUUGUGGAGUAAACGCUAAAGGGCUCGUCGGAGACGACCGCUCGGAGUGAGGGUUUUCUCGAGUAGUUUUAAGAACAGCGCCAAAUAAAUGUUGAUUGCGAUUAAGGUUUCAGUUGGGGAGAGACGCUCUCUCACAAGUAUUUCAGAAUCACAAGAUUUAUUCAUACUGGAGGAAUCUGCCGAUGAUCUAUGAGGCUCUUUUUCACAGAUGUCCAGCAGGGGCGGGUCAGAACGUUAGAACAGCAAACGAUACAAAAACACGAUAGGAGGUGCAAAUAUAUCGGAAAGGUAAACAAAUCACUGAGAAAAUUCGCUUAUUAGCUUCUGUUUGUUGGCGAAGUUGUCACAGGGUUUCCAGUUCCCGCGACCCACGUGACACACUAAGCGAUCAACACCGGUUUGUCACGUGGACACACGUACACACACGGAACACGUGCACACACGCACCUCCGUUUAGCACGGUUGGCUACGUACGGUGCGAAAGAAGUUCAACAUACGCGCACACUGAGAUCUUAAUUUGAAUUGGCUAUUGACGCAAGACAGAGCAUUAAUUGCUUUGCGCCUCACAUAGGAGCCUGCUCAACAAUAAUUGGGCGCGCGCAACGUGGAACGAGUUAAUUUGUUUCGAUUUAAAGCUUUCGUGACUGCAAGGAUUCAUCUUCUUUGGUUCUUUCGGUAAAGUCACGUAGAAUAAGAAUAAAAUAAUAAAAUAACACAAUAAAAUUCUCACG